AUGGGAGCGCAGGGGUCAAAGGGGUCCACAAAGCCAAGCUCAGCUGUGCACCUCAGAGGCAAGAAAGACCUCGCAGGAGUGGGGGUGAUCUUCAGGAAGAACCAUGAGGGAUUCCUCAUAGUGAAGGAUCUGGUCGGAGGAUCCGCUGCGGAUCAGAGCGGGCUGAUAGAGCCCGGAGACAUGUUAACCCAGGUGGAUGAUAUCAAGGUAGCCAAGGCGAGCAUAGCGGAGAUCUCAUCUCUUGUUCUUGGAGAGCCUGGGCAGCAGGUCAAGUUGAAGUUCGUGCGUAUGGUUGGGAAGUCAAAGAAGAAGUACAAGGUCACGCACAUUCACUUGGAUUGCUUGCAAGACCAGGACUUGAGCAAGGGGGCUAGCGUGGAAGAAUCGCAUGCAAGGGAUGUAUUGGAUGCCGACGGCAACGUGGUUGGACCAGGGCUGAUUCAGCGAGCGAAGGCAGCGAAAGAGCAAGACGUCUUCGGUGUCGAGCGCAUCGACGCGUCCCAUCCAGCAUGGCCCGGGAACAACCUGAAGAGGAACGUGGUCGCCCAAGGAAAUCUCAACACAGAAGCGCAAGUGACGAAGUCGCCGGGCGAGAAGAAGAAGAAGAAGAGCACGAAGACAGCGGAGAAGGAAAAGGAGAAGGAGGCGGAGAGAUCUAUGCCGUCGUCCAUUCCGAGCUCGUCGGACAUGUACAUGAAGUCAGAGGAGAUGACAAAGAGCCAGACAAGGGAGCAGAAGAAGCAAGUGGUGGAGGCCAACAAGGACUCAGGCAGCCUGUCUCAGGAGCAGGAAGUCUCGAACCUCUUCGACAGCUUCAUGGAUCCCUUCUUCGUUGCAGCUGCUGCCGCCGAAGACCAUAGCCCAGCGUCUGUCCUGCAUCCCCUUCCAGCCACAAAGGAGGAUGACGAUGUGCCGGAAGCAGUCGUCACUGUGGAGGAUGCAGAAGAAGCCGACACGCCCGACUGGGAAGGGAUCGCUCAGAGCAGGGUUCUGGUGUUCGAGGCUAAGAGCAGGGAGCAAAAGGCGGAGAAGCCCAAGAAAGUGGAUCUUGAGAAGGAAUGGGCGAAGACCGCAGCCAAGCAGUCUUCUGAUCCACCCCCGAGCGUCAAGGCAUGCGCAGGAAGCGAACUUUCCACUUCCAGCCUGACGAGUCUGCAGCAGACCGUCGAGCCUCCCGUCAAGGAGGAAAAGAAGCCUCUGAAACCCGUGGUAAAGAAGACGUCGCCACGAGCAUCGGAUGCGCCUAAGAAGAUGGGCGGGAAAGGAGAUCUAGCGGCGUUGAUGGCAGCGAGGAAGAAGCAGAUGGACGAGGCAGACGACGAUGGCUACUACUUCUAA